UUAUUCAUCUUUAGAGCAACAUACAAUAAGCUUGCCUCAGAUUUUAAGCUGUUUAAGGAUUGCCAUGAGAGCUGCUUUAACAUCGCUGCAUGCCAAGAUGCUACUCAUGCUUCUUGCAGGAUGUGUUAUAAUGAUUAAAGGUCAAACUACAGAAAAUUAUGACACUUCAUUGUCUUCAGACUCAACAUCCACUGCAAAUGGAACAUCAUCUCCAUCUUCAUUGAUUACAGAUACAACAUCCACACUUAUAGCUACUACACAAACAUCAACUACAAAUGAAUCAUCUCUGCCUUCACCCUCUCCAGAGACAUCCACACCUACAGCUACUACACAAACAACAACUACAAAUGAAACAUCAUCUCUGCCUUCACCAUCUCCAGAGACAUCCACACCUACAGCUACUACACAAACAACUACAGCUGAAACAACAUCUCCGCCUUCUUCGACUACAGAUACAUCAUCCACACCUACAGCUACUACACAAACAACUACAAAUGAAACAUCAUCUCCGCCUUCAUUGACCACAGAUACAGCAUCCACACCUACAGCUACUACACAAACAACAACUACAAAUGAAUCAUCUCUGCCUUCACCGUCUCCAGAGACAUCCAUACCUACAGCUACUACACAAACAUCAUCUACAGCUGAAACAACAUAUCCGCCUUCUUCGACUACAGAUACAUCAUCCACACCUAUAACUACUACACAAACAACAACUACAAAUGAAACAUCAUCUCCGCCUUCAUUGACCACAGAUACAUCAUCCACACCUACAGCUGCUACACAAACAACAACUACAAAUGAAUCAUCUCUGCCUUCACCCUCUCCAGAGACAUCCAUACCUACAGCUACUACACAAACAACAUCUCCGCCUUCUUCGACUACAGAUACAUCAUCCACACCUACAGCUACUACACAAACAACAACUACAAAUGAAUCAUCUCUGCCUUCACCCUCUCCAGAGACAUCCACAACUACAGCUACUACACAAAUAUUAACUACAUUGUCUUCAACUACAUUCAACUCUGCAGAAACAGCAACCUUCACAACCCAAUCUCCCACAUCAACAGCCAUUACCAACGCCUAUCCAACAACAACAGAUAUAACUACCACCUUUCUACAAACAACACCUAUUACAGCCUUCACUUCGGAAACAACAACCAACACAACCCAAUCUCCCACAUCAACAGCCAUUGAAAUCACCUAUCUAACAUCAACAGGCUUAACAACCACCUUUCCCCAAACAACUCUUGGAACCAUCUCUCCAGAAACAACACCCGUCACAACCCAAUCUCCAACAUCAACAGCCAUUACAAACACCUAUCCAACAACAACAGAUAUAAUAUCUACCUCUACACAAACAACAGCUAUUACAACCAUCACUCCUGAAACAACAACCAGCACAACCCAAUCUCCCACAUCAACAGCCAUUGUAAUCACCUAUCCAACAUCAACAGACCUAACAACCACCUUUCUACAAACAACCCUUGGAACCAUCUCAUUAGAAACAACACCCGUCACAACCCAACCUCCAACUUCAACAGCCAUUACAAACACCUAUCCAACAACAACAGAUAUAACAACCACGUUUCUACAAACAACAGCUAUUACAGCCAUCACUCCAGAAACAACAACCAACACAACCCAAUUUCCAACAUCAACAGCCAUUACAAACACCUAUCCAACAACAGAUAUAACAACCACCUUUACACAAACAGCUAUUACAGCCAUCACUCCAGAAACAACAACUAACACAGCCCAAUCUCCAACAUCAACAGCCAUUACAACCAUCUAUCCAACAACAACAGAUAUAAUAUCUACCUCUACACAAACAACAGCUAUUACAGCCAUCACUCCUGAAACAACAACCAGCACAACCCAAUCUCCCACAUCAACAGCCAUUGUAAUCACCUAUCCAACAUCAACAGACCUAACAACCACCUUUCUACAAACAACUCUUGGAAACAUCUCAUUAGAAACAACACCCGUCACAACCCAACCUCCAACAUCAACAGCCAUUACAAACACCUAUCCAACAACAACAGAUAUAACAACCGCCUUUACACAAACAACAGCUAUUACAGCCAUCACUCCAGAAACAACAACCAACACAACCCAACCUCCAACAUCAACAGCCAUUACAAACUCCUAUCCAACAACAACAGAUAUAACAACCGCCUUUACACAAACAACAGCUAUUACAGCCAUCACUCCAGAAACAACAACCGUCACAACCCAAUCUCCAACAUCAACAGCCAUUACAAACUCCUAUCCAACAACAACAGAUAUAACAACCGCCUUUACACAAACAACAGCUAUUACAGCCAUCACUCCAGAAACAACAACCGUCACAACCCAAUCUCCAACAUCAACAGCCAUUACAAACACCUAUCAAACAACAACAGAUAUAACAACCACCUUUCCCCAAACAACUCUUGGAACCAUCUCUCCAGAAACAACACGCGUCACAACCCAAUCUCCAACAUCAACAGCCAUUACAAACACCUAUCCAACAACAGAUAUAACAACCACCUUUACACAAACAACAGCUAUUACAGCCAUCACUCCAGAAACAACAACUAACACAGCCCAAUCUCCAACAUCAACAGCCAUUACAACCACCUAUCCAACAACAACAGAUAUAAUAUCUACCUCUACACAAACAACAGCUAUUACAGCCAUCACUCCUGAAACAACAACCAACACAACCCAAUCUCCCAUAUCUACAGCCAUUGUAAUAACCUAUCCAACAUCAACAGACCUAACAACCACCUUUCCACAAACAACUCUUGGAACCAUCUCGCCAGAAACAACAACCAACACAACCCAAUCUCCCACAUCAACAGCCAUUGUAAUCACCUAUCCUACAACAGAUAUAACAACCACCUUUACACAAACAACAGCUAUUACAGCCAUCACUCCAGAAACAACAACUAACACAACCCAAUCUCCAACAUCAACAGCCAUUACAACCACCUAUCCAACAACAACAGAUAUAACAUCCACUAUUCGUCAAACAAAGUCUGCUCAAGCAGUGGUUAGGAUGCAAUCUUUCACUGAACUAAGCAAUGAAAAUAUCAUCAUUUAUAUACAAGAGUUUUUUCAACACAUUCAGGCUAUGGUUAAUGGCACCAUUAGGAUGACAGUGAAGAAGAUCGAAAAAGUAACACCUUAACCACAUGGCAACCCGAAUUGUUCAAUACUCAUGUAAAUGAAUGAGCCUGAAGUCUGAAGUAUAAAUGUUUAUUAUUCCUGUUGGCACCUAACAACAUACAUUAUUUGGCCAAUCCAAUUCCAACCCAUCAACAUUAAGUGACUAUCAAGUGGUACAACAGUCAGGAAAUCAAACACUUGAUUCCCAAUAAUGGCAUAGUUAACAUUUCUGGCAUUUAGCAUACACCCUUAUCUAUAGUGACUUACAUUUUUAUUUAACCCCCCCCCCCCCCACACACACACACACACACACACAUUAUUUUAGAGUUCAAGUAUUUAACACCUUAAUCAAAAGGUGCACAUUAUCGUGUGUGUACCCCAAUCCAUUCACACACAACAAAAUAGAGAAAGCUCUGUCGCCCUCACAAGAAGCACAAACACAACAUACAAGUCUCAGUUAGUCUGUGCUAAAUGAAAAAUAAAUCAGACAUUUUCUGUGGAGCAGAAUGUGGAAUUAGUUAGUUAGUUAGUUAGUUAGUUAGUUAGUUAGUUAGUUAGUUAGUUAGUUAGUUUUAGGUGAUUUUUAAAACUUUAUAAAAAUGUUUGUUGUAUGUUUUUUAGAAAGCUUCUCUGAGGAUGAAUUUAAUGAAAUGUGUCAAUAUACUUGACGACUUAUCAUUAGUAAUACUGUAUAUUGUACCAUUACAGAGAUAUAAAUA